AUGAACCCUGGAACGCAAUGGAUAUUUUCCCGCCAAAUCCGCAACCCGAAAUGGAUCCAAACCAACCCUCAAGAGAACCCACCCCAACCUAACUACGAAGGACAGUUCACCCACAACAAUGCGCCGCGUUUAGGCCAAGUCACCCAGGGUGUCGCGAUAGGGCAACAGGCGCCUAAUCAGCCCCAGCACCAGCAUCCUCUAGUUUAUCAACCUCCUUUCUAUCCAUUCUAUGUUAAAUUUGCCCCCAUGCACCGCCCGGAGUUCCCGGACGCAGAUGAAGAACCUCUGCAGCAUUCGUUCCAUGCUCAAUGGCCCCAAACAAUUGCUCAACGGCUUCAAGACGGAAUGCAACCCCAACCCCCCAACCGUCCUCCCCAGGCCCAACAGUUCCCUCAAGCACCCCUUCGGAAUCUGCCGUGUCGGGCAGCGACAGACCCUUACUAUGUGCCAAAUCCACUACGAAAUAACACAUACAACAAAGCAGAAUGA